ACACCACACCCAUGGCCUGCUACGACCUCUGCCGCCCCUGCGGACCCACCCCGCUGGCCAACAGCUGCAACGAGCCCUGUGUCAGGCAGUGCCAGGACUCCACCGUCCUCAUCCAGCCCUCCCCCGUCCGCGUCACCUUCCCAGGGCCCAUCAUGACCUCCUUCCCCCAGAGCUCCUUCGUUGGAUCCACCGCAGGGGCUGCCCUGGGCACGGAGCUCAACGUCCAGGGACAGCCCAUCUCCGGCGGCUUUGGGGCCGCAGGCUACGGCCUGGGCUAUGGCCGUGGCUUUGGCUACGGCCUGGGAGGCCUGGGCUGUGGCCUGGCAGGCCUGGGCUGCUCCAGCACCUGCUGA